ACCGCAGCCACCACCGUGAGCGAGUCGCGAGAGACGCGCGAACGGAAGGAGCACAGCUGUACGGCGCGUGGCAUGCCAAGACCUUGUGAAACAAGCGACCUUUCGUCGUUCGCACGCGGAUAUACGAGGAUCCCGAGUCACGUAGGUACACACGAUUCACGCGUUCCUGGUACAUGCCAAGCGACCCGCAUGGAAACACGCAAUUAGAUAAGGGACAGACGUACCAAAGUUUAUCAUAUCCGAAAAAUGGCACCUCCAAAAGUAUUACUUGGACAAAAUAGACAAAACGGCACUGCAACCUUGAGGAAAGGAAUAACAACCAGGAGUCAAAAUUCUUUAUUGAGCAAUGUAUUAAAACCAUCCAAUACAGGCAGAGUAACUCGCAUCAAGCGAAAAUCAGAUGUAUUUUCGCCACCUAAAGAAAAAACGAACAAGAGAUACGCUUUUACAAAUAUCACCAAUGCCAUUACUACGUCGCUAGUAGGGCAUAAUCCAACAAAAAAGAUAGUUACUCAGCCCAAACCAGUUGGAAGUAACGUUGCUUCAGAGAAACCUGCAGAUGUUACUACAUCAAAAGUUGUACCGGCGAAAGUAAAACCGGCGACUCGUAUUAAGUCUAUUCUCAAAAAGGAUGAUAAAACAGAAAUUAUUAACAAAGUUGUAAAUAUUAGACGAAGUGCAGAUUUAGAAAAAUCUGAGGAUAAUUCGUUAUACGUCAGUGCUUUGGAAGACGUUAAUGAUAGCAUAAAAAAGACUCGCAGGAGUAGCAAUAACAAGGUUGACGAAAAAACCAACGACAAACCAACAGUAAUAGCAGAAGAAAAAGAACCCACAUCUCCUACGAAUGAGAAUGAAGUUUCCGCCACUACUUUAUUGAUUGCCAUACCUGUAAGAAAAUUACCCGAAGGCGUUCAAUGGGACUUUGAUGUUGAAAAUUGGCUAGAUCCAUACCAGGUAUCACCCUAUGCAAUGGAUAUUUUCGAAUACCUGAAGGAACGAGAACAUCUAUUCCCCAUCGGUGAUUACAUGGACCGGCAAGUAUGUCUCUCGCAAUGGAUGAGAGCGCUACUAGUCGACUGGAUGGUUGAGGUUCAGGAGUCAUUUGAGUUGAACCAUGAGACCCUAUAUCUGGCUGUAAAACUUGUCGAUUUAUAUCUGACAAAGAUGACAGUUGGGAAAGAGACUCUACAAUUGCUCGGCGCUGCAAGUCUUUUCAUAGCAAGCAAAUUUGAUGAAAGAAUACCACCAAUGGUGGAAGAUUUCUUGUAUAUAUGUGAUGGCGCUUACACACAGAGAGAGCUGAUAAAAAUGGAAAUGAAUGUUUUAAAAGUAGUCAAUUUUGACCUGGGAAUGCCUCUUUCUUACAGAUUUCUUCGGCGUUAUGCUAGGUGUGUCAAGGUCUCCAUGCCUACGUUAACUCUGGCUCGGUAUAUAUUGGAACACUCGCUGAUGGAUUAUACGAUGAUCAGGUUUAGUGAUAGCAAAAUGGCAGCGGCGGCAUUGUUACUAGCAUUGCUAAUGAAAGAUCUAGGAGGAUGGAAUCCAACAUUAGAAUACUAUAGUGGUUAUAAACUGGACGACAUAAGAGAUAUUUGCAAUCUUCUGAAUCAAAGUUUACAUAGGAAGCAGAAAGAAACAUUAAAAACUGUCCGCAGCAAAUACAGCCACAAGAUUUUCUUCGAAGUUGCGAAGCUGCCUCUAAAAGAAACUUUAGACAUAUGAAUAGAAAAAAUACAAUUAAAAAUGAGGGUGCGCUCCCAUGGGAUGCGGAACUGCGAACCGUUUAUGAUUGGUUGUGGCUUCAUUCCGCUCCGCUAAGUGUUUCCCAUUGAGCGGAAUGCGCAAUUAGCGCUGACAAAUCACAAAAGCCUUCUGUAUAUUAUUUACGAUAUUCAUUUUCUGACCGUAUUGACGUCCGUAUUUAUUUGUAGGCAGAAGCCAUUAAUUUAAUAAGAAGAUACAGGGACACCGCGAGUAGCUACGCGCUUUCAAACGGUUCGACUUGUGAUCUAUAGCUCGAUUCCACGUGCAUCUUGCGUAUUAUUUACGGCUCUUUCCGUUUCUGAUCUGGCUCUUAAUCGACUUGCCUUCGAUUAAGUAUACGUUUUUGUAGAAGACAGGUUUUCUUCGUUUAAACCAAGUUAGCGUCGUUGGCGAGAGAGAGAUCCACACGAAUCCACUAAAAAAACUAAAACUGCAGAAAAGAAAACGACGGAAUCGGCAGAAUAAAACUAUUAUCAAUCACGAAUAUUCUGCAGUUCCGCAUCCCAUGGGACCGCACUCUAAGGAAACUGAAGUAACUAACUGUAAAAAAGAAAGUACCAGAAAUUCAAUACAGAGACAUAAAUUAUCUUAGUAGAAUGACAAUAGAUAUUAAGACUAGUCGUAACAUUUGUUGGACAGCUUGAAUGUUUGUUAAGUGUUGUAAUACUAGCACGCGAAUAGCGACGCUACUCUCUCUAAAUUGUAUAAUGCAUGAAACGAAAGCGGAAACGUAAAAAAUCUCGAAUGUAUGUCAAAAA